GGGGUGCUGCGGGGAAAUGAUCGGUGGACCGUGAAGCGGAACAGCGAGAAGAGGGACAAAGACGCACAUAGCGGGACAGAGAGCAACAGAGGGGAAAACUUUGGACCGCGUGGAUGGUUGUUGGAGUCUGGACGCUCUGAGAAUAAUCGUUUUGUCAGAAAAAAAUGUGAGUUUUUGUUGAAGAUUCCGUCUGGGAUUAGUGUCCUUAAAGCGCGCGUUGUUGCAUUUGGAUAUCUCCGGUGGCGCGUUGGUUGACGGACUACAGUUUUUGCCUGGACGCGCUUCCAGAGAUGACCGUUUCUGGGCUGGAUAUUAUUUUCUUUGUAACCACUUGGGUUGAUCCCUAUCCUGAUUUUUUCGGUUAAGAGAGUGAACUUCUUCGGAGCGGACGGUUUGUGGAAACUUUCGUGGACUACUGAACUUACACUUUGGAUGGUUCUGAUCCGGAUGUGUUGGAGGAGACAGUACCAAUUGUCGAACUAGAGCUUCAUCCGAGCAUGAGGUGCUGCUUUAGCGCCCUGGCACUUCUACCAUGGGUGCUGGUGGCUUUAGAUGCCCAGCUCAUAUGCUGGCAGGCGGUUUUUCGGUGCAACGUGGAGCCCGAGUGCGACCUGGCUUUCCGCCAGUACGUUUCAGCCUGUGAGGACGUCAUCGCGGGCGCCACAAAGCAGUGCCCGAGCCACUGCAUCAACGCGCUCAUCCGGCUCAAUGACACCCGCAACGGGCCCGAGCUGGAGAGCUGCGACUGCAAGCAGGACCAGGAGUGCCUGAGCGUCCAGCGCGCCAUCGAGCCGUGCCUGCCCCGCAGACACCCCAGCGAAUCCGGCGGGAUCGGCUGCAUGGAGGCCCGACAGCGCUGCGAGGAGAACCCCGUCUGCCACACCUCCCUCGCGGCUUACUUGGCACACUGCGGGCAGCUUUUCAACGGCAGGAGGUGCUCCUCCAAGUGUAAAGCCACCAUUCAGCAGAUGCUGAGCAUCCCAAAUGGCGAGCUGCUCAACCAGUGCAUCUGCGACGGGGUGGAGAGGCCCUUCUGCGAGGUGGUCAAGGAGAACAUGAGUAAACUGUGCUCCAUUGGAGACCCCAGUGAUGUCACGCACACGCCAGAUUACAGCUAUGAUGACGAGAACGACGGUGUGAGAGAGGAGGAGGUUUAUCCCGAAAACUCCUGCACCUCCAACAGCUGGAGCUCCCAUUUCCUCCUCCUUCUUUGGCUGUUGUUCUGGAAAUGUUGGAUUAAUGAUUGAAGUGAAAGAAAACUACGAUUAUUAUCUAUCAUGAUGAAGUCAUUUUUUUCCUGGAUUAAAUCAAGAUGCAGUUCCUCACAAAGAACCACAAUUAGAGACCGUCAAUGAUUGUGUCCCUCUUGGGUUUCUGUCCCUUUUCAUAGGUGAUCACUGUAAUGACUGUGUCUCACAUUUCAGGAAGAAUCUUCUGAGAGAAAAAUCAAAGAUGCUUUCAGGUGAGAGGAAAGUGUUGCUGCAACAUCCCGUGUGCCUUCAGAAAGCUUCUGUUUACUUGGCUUCCCUUUAAUUGUACUUGAAGUGUGGCUUUAAUAAGACUAAAGACAAACAUCGGACUGUUUGCUCUGCUCUCCAUGGCAGAGGCCUUCAGUUGUUGCAGCAACCGCUCUUCAAAUAUUUGUGGGAAACAUUUAGAGGAUAGGCCAGGGUGUGGGAUCAAGUACUUAAAUUAAGUGAAGCACCACUCCAGCACUUUUGUCGUCUUCCCAUCCCCCAGUUCAAAUUGUUUUACUGAACUUUUCCUGAGAGGGCCCCCCACUCUUCCUCUCCCGGCAGCCUUCUUUUUACGCUCUGCCAACAUGCAAGUGUGAAUGUCCCGUCUGCAGUUUGACUGCCGUUUCUCAUCUCGGGCGUCUUGCACAAAUUCAGUCAAGUUUAUGCAUGCUUUAAAACAUUUGCAAUGAAAACAAAGCAUCAUUGAUGUGUUAGGAUGCAUAUGACAGCUUGUUAAAGCUCUGGAAGGCAUAGUUCUUGUCUGCUCUGCAGGACCUGCAUCGUGUUGCUUUAAACUGCAGCUAUUAUGUCCUUUGAGGAGCUUUCCUGCUGUUGUAGGAUUCAUCUGUCACACAAAUGCAUGUUAUUUGGUUGAAAUUAAAUAAAUGUGCACUGGUUGGUUAAGGAACUACACGAGGACACCGAGGGGUUGAAUGUACAAUGAAGGAAACCCACAAAAAAAUGUAUAUAUAUAUUGGUAAACAAAAAAUGUUCACAAGGAAAUUUCAUGGCAAUUACACACUAGUUCUACGGUUUGUCAGUGUUUUUACAACUUCAUUUGAACGGACCAAAUUGCCUGGACGUGUCACACAGUCACAACAGCUGUUGGUUCGGGGGUGUGCGUUCAAAACAAACACUGACCGGAAUAGAAAAAACACCUGUCCAGUUCCUAAAGUCCAUCAGAAACUAGUGAGCAACUUCACCUGCUGACUGAACGACAUUUACAGCUGAGAGGUUUCAAAUGGGUCACCAUUUGUCUUCUAUUUACUUUGCAUCAUGGCAGUCUUUCCCUUCUAAUAAUGGACAAUGCUUAUGCCACAUCCUCUAUUGGAUUUACCUCUGUUUGUUGGUCUGCUCAAUAGUAACUGUUUUUUUCUAGGACAUAGUUUCUGCAGAGCGGCAGUAGCUUGCUGCCACUCAGAUCCCCAACCUAACAUUAGUGGUCCGACAAAAAUGGUGAGCAACAUUGGAGCUUUCUAGCUGUACAGUUUAGUGCCAGAUGCCAGCUAAGACGAGGAAAACAAAGACGUACAUGGAUCUAUUUGUCUGCAAGUGGAUUCAUCCGAAUGGAGCAGAGCAGGGAGCUUGUGGUCCGCCCAUCGUAUUGUCUACGAGACAAGUAGGAUAUUUUUCAAACUCCAUUUUUCGUCUGCUUUUAUUAACAAUUUGAAUAAAGAAAUCCUCAGAAAUGCCAUUGAAAGCUUAACUCUCUUUACGUCUGUCCUCUAUCAUCAGGAAAAAAGUAACAAGAACAUGUUAAAAACACAAUAUCCAUCAAAGUGGGUCUUUCAGUGCAACCACAGAAAAAGGGUCAUGCGAGCAUUUUGUCUUUUUAUUGAGUUUCCUACAGAACCUACAAUAAUUUUGUUCCAGCUGUGCCUUGUGUCUAAACUGCAAUUUAGAAACAGUAGUGCUGCAUAUGACGUCCCAUUGGAGAAACGGGUUGAAGUUUGGUUUCAACCUGGGACCAAAAAUAGAGAAAAUACUCACACUUCUGUUCCACCUAAACUGUUGUAAGCCUCAUCUGGGUCUCCAGAAUAGAACCACGACUGUUCUGAAAGAGCAACUGUUCAACUGUAAGCAAAUAGAAACACUAAAGAAUGUUUUUGUGUGUUUGUGCCAGUUUGCAGCUCGAAAUGAAGCCUUAUACAAUGUUGUCAAAUGUUAAAUUAUGAAGGUGUGAGAUGAAAAAAUGUAAACAUAUUUCACAAUCAUAUGCAAUAAAAUAAAUGUGAGAUCAAUGUUAAGGUAAAUCAACAUUAGUUCAGAUUUCCACAAUGCCAGAUGGGUUGAUUUUUGAAAUAAAGUCUCUAUAACUCAAAGA